UGCGAGGGGGGGGGAGUAGACCCGGAAGUGCUUAUGGGGGCAGUGCUGCAUUCGGCUCUAGAAUUUCGUCUCUCUGAAAGUUAGCUCGACGGAAGUGUCCCGGAGAAACGCUUUUCGGAACAGGAAGUGACGGAAGCACGCCGGAAGCGGGGGUUGGCUUUCGUUGAAACCGGGAGGAAGGAGGGUUUGGGGUCGCGGGAGUCGUGCAGUUAUGUCACCUCAGUUACGCAGGGGGCGAAAUGGUUUCCUUUCGUAUCUUCCGCCAGACCUCGAUCCAGAGACGGCCAGUCAUUUUUGAAGAGCCUGAUCUGCUUCUUAGUCGGGGCUGCGAUGCACAGCCGUCCUAAGCCACCAUCUCAGCCCUUCCCAGCCGCAAUGUGAUGAUAACAGACUUGCAUUGGCAUCUGCAAGGACAAGUUGUUUUUAAGUGUUUAAAAAAACCUAAUUAAAAUACAGCACAAACUCUCUGGGACCCGAUCACAGCUUCGCCCAAACUUCCCAUUUCUCAGUUGCUUCCGACCCUCGGGUGACUGAGACGGAGGGGAGGGAGCAUUGAAAAAUAACCAGGAAGUUUCGUCUUUAUAGACGGUUUGAUUGUGACGCUAGAAUUGCCUCCUUGGUUCCACUCACAGCCUACCUUAAAAGGGCAUCUUUUAAAAAAUAUUUCCAUUUCUCUAUGGCGGAGGGAAGGCAGCAAGCAAGGAGGAGGGGCAAAUGGAUCAGGAAAUGAAAUGAUGCUCAGAGAGUAGAUUAAUUUUCUUUCACUGCUUUGCCUCAGAAGAGGACUUGGUUUCCCCGGUCUGCUUCUUUAAAGCGAGGUGAGUGGUGUGGGACAUAUGGGCAGUUAUGGAUGACGAUAAUAAUUGUAGCUGUACACAAGGAGCCACAACUUCUGAGGCACUCUUCUCCUUUGGAGUCAUAGCAGAUAUUCAGUAUGCUGAUCGAGAAGAUGGCUAUGAUUUCUGCGGACUGAACAGGCGAUAUUAUAAGCAUAGCCUAUGUCACCUCCAGAGUGCAAUCGAAGACUGGAAUAGAACAGAUGUUCAGUUCGUAUUACAAUUUGGGGAUAUCAUUGAUGGCUGCAAUGCUGAACUUAAGAUGUCAGAGACAGCACUGGGAAGAGUCUUGGAAGAAUUUAAGAAGCUCAAGGCCCCUGUCCAUCAUAUAUGGGGCAACCAUGAAUUUUACAACUUCAGCAGAGACUAUCUAGUAGAUUCUGCACUGAACACCAAGUACUUACAAGAACAGACGUUUCUUAGCAAUUCUUAUAGAGACCAGAGUUCCACUGGAGACGAUGCUUCAGAAUUCUAUUAUGCAUAUCAAUUUUGCCCGGUGCCUAAAUUUCGAUUUGUCAUCCUUGAUGCUUAUGAUAUAAGUAUUCUGGGGAGGGAUACGUCUACCAAAAAAUAUCAAGAGUCUCUAAAACUACUGCGAGAAAAAAAUCAAAAUGAGAAUCUGAAUAGUCCAUCAGGUCUUGUUGAACGUCAGUUUGUGCAGUUCAAUGGAGGAUUCAGUCAAGAACAGCUGGAUUGGCUUGAUGAAGUCCUUACAUAUGCUGACAAAAAUCAAGAAAGAGUUGUAAUUAUGGGGCACAUACCCAUCCACCCCAAUUCUACAAGCGAUGUCGCCCUGGCUUGGAAUUAUAAAGAUGCCCUUUCUGUCAUCCACUCGCAUCACUCUGUGGUGUGCUAUCUUGCAGGCCACCUUCAUUUUGGUGGAUACUGUUUAGACUCUUAUGGAGUUCACCAUGUUACUCUUGAUGGGAUUAUAGAAACUCCUCCAGAAAGCCAUGCUUUUGGAACUAUACAUGUCUAUCAUGACAGGAUGGUAUUAGAAGGAAGAGGAAGGAUUCUAGAUCGAGUGAUGCAUUACAAAGGUUAUCAGACUUUUCACAGAUGAUUGUAUUAGGUCUGGUUACUAUUUAAUGCAUUGUGCACUAUACUGGAGUAACUAUUUGCCUGAAGCUCAUUUGAGCCCACAGAUUGGCAUGUUCAACUUGAAGUGUCAAGCAAACUAAAUGUCUGCACUGCUUAGUGAGGAAAUGUAAUCAAUUACAUUUGAUUCAGUGUUGGGCACUUGUUCUAUAUAUAUUUUUCUGAUUUUAGAAUGUUGGUGUGUAAAUUAUUUAAUAUACCAUGUAUUUUUUUAGUUGAAAAUUUAUAAAUAUUUCUAUAAUUAGAAAUACAUACAUUUAAAUUUGCAAACAUAAAAUAAAAAUUAGUGGCUGGGCA